AAAAAAAACUACAACUCCGGGCAUGCUGGUGUUUUUCUUUUUAUUAAAGUAACUUGAACCAAUUGGGAAAGUUCCAGUGACGUCACGGCGAGACAGAUAUCAGUUGGAAAAACUUGAGGGAAGGACAUCACAGCAACGUGACCACAGUCAUAAGAGGUUUCCGUUUCCAUAAAUCUUUGUUGCCCUUUAAAGUUGCAGGUGGAAGCCUAUUUAGAAUAGCAACCCUUAGGCUGCAUCAACUGGUGGAAAGAUGAUUUAUCUCAAGACCAAGUGACAAAAUAAAAGAUUAAUCUUGAAAGGAGUGUACUCUCUACUGUCACAGACUUCCUUAUUGUUACACAGCUGUCAGGCGUGGUGCCAAAAAGAAGGGUGGUGCUAUGUCAAAGCUAGGUGCCUAUUUAGCUGAUAAUAUGCACUACUAUCGAUAUAGUACAGCAGAAGUUAGCUGCUGUUACAAGUACCUUCUCUUUAGCUACAACAUUAUAUUUUGGCUGUCUGGUAUGGUACUGCUGGGAAUUGGUCUGUGGGCUUGGAGUGAAAAAGGAAUUUUGUCUGAUAUAACAAAGGUGACUCGGCUCCAUGGUUUUGACCCCGUAUGGUUGGUUCUGGUAGUUGGAGUAAUUAUGUUUACACUUGGCUUCGCUGGAUGCGUAGGUGCUUUGAGAGAAAACAUUUGCCUUUUGAAGUUUUUUUGUGGAGCAAUAGUGCUGAUCUUUUUUAUGGAGCUGGCUGUUGCUGUAUUGGCCUUUCUCUUCCAAGAUUGGGUGAGAGACCGUGCUAAGGAUUUUUUCGAGAACAACAUAAGAGCCUACCGAGAUGAUAUUGACCUGCAAAACCUCAUAGACUCUCUACAGAAAGCGAACCAUUGUUGUGGUGCUCAAGGACCAGAUGACUGGGAUCUAAAUGAGUAUUUUAACUGCACUGGUGGAAACCCUAGUCGAGAAAAAUGUGGUGUACCAUUCUCUUGCUGUAUAGCAGAUCCAGCUCAAACCGUUGUAAAUACUCAGUGUGGUUAUGAUGUUCGUAAAAAGACACCUUCUGAAAGAGCUAUGGUAACUUACGUAAAGGGUUGUAUAUCAGCUUUGGAAGCAUGGCUACCUAGAAAUAUAUACAUUGUGGCUGGAGCUUUUCUAGUGAUCUCCAUCUUGCAGAUUUUUGGUAUCUACCUGGCUCGGACACUUAUGUCUGACAUUGAAGCAGUAAAGGCUGGAUUCCGCUUUUAAAGUCCCACCUGCUAGACUGGAAGCCUUCAGAGAGUACGUCUUCUCGACUCCUACUCCUGUAGAUGAAUAAUUAUCCACUGGAAAAUUUGAGCCCACUCCCAUGUUGUCCUGCAUUUUAUAAAACACAGGCUUGGAACUUGGAAAGGCCCCUAUGUGAAUGUCUUUGGAGUGUUAAAUAUGUUUGUUUCUCCAAUAGCUGAACACCCAGCAAUUUUAUAUUGUUUCUUUGUAUAUCUUUCUCUCCUCUUUCCCAUUGAAUGAGGCAUACUGAAUCACUCCCGUGGCAUCUGGGGCUAUUAACUAAAUGUUAUUUGAUAUGUACGACCAUUACUUUGCAGGACACAUUAUGGGGUUAGCUCUGGUUUGUACAUUGACUGUGAUAUAUUGUUGUUGUUGUUGGACCACAACCACUACUAUAUUUGGGUGCCAUAUUUAACAUUAUUGCAAAGAGCAGUCCCCAGUUUGUACGUGGUAUAUUGAGUAUUUGCGCUAGAUUGACUGACCUUCACCACUGGACCACUGGUCGUAUGCUCUUUGUUCAUUCCAUAAUGGCUUGCAGCAAGAUACCAAAAGACCAUUUCAUUUCAAGUGCUUCUUUUCAUUGUUAUGUAAAUAUUCUAUUAUGGGGUCUGUGUAUUUCAAACCAUAACGCAAUGCAUACCUGCAAGCUAAAUAUUUUUUAUUUUUUUUGUCCCAGUACAUGUAAGUGGGAAGUUAAAAGGCACACACUGGUUCUUGAGAAAGCACCCCUAUGAUCAUAUGUGUGGGAUUUGAGUGUUGUGUAAACUUUGCACCUGCAAGAAACACUCCAAGGGGAUAAUAGUUUUACUACAGUAUCAGACUUUAUUUUACUUAAAUGAAUUGUACAGGUAAGAAAAACACGCCUGCCCAUAGCUUCUGUGUCAUACCUGUCCCCAGCUUGCGUGUUGUAUAGAAGCUUAGCCUAAUCAUUUCAGCAUAGCUGGGCUGCAACACCAGACACUGCCCAUUGAGUUUGGCAUCAUUUAUUUUAAGAAAGCAACCAUGUUUUUUUUUUUUUUUUUUAAUUCUGCACAGUAAAGAAAUGGUCCUUGCUCACAACCAAAUUAUUAUUUUUUUUUUGUAUUUUUUUUUCAUAGUUGUCCACAGGGUUUGUUUGUAACUUGUUACUAUGAAGACCUUUAAUAUUAGACAAUAUGAUUUAUUAUUAAGCCGCCUUGCAGCUUUUUUUCAUUCUGGAUGCAUCAAAACAAUUAAAAAUUAAACUUAUUAACCCCUUAAGAACGCAGCCUGUUUUGCCCUAAAUGGACACUGUCAGAAUUAAAAAUGUUUUAUAUGUUGGCAAAACAUUAGCUUUUCUAGUAUAUUUCAUAAACAAUGUAUCUUUUUUUUAUUGAAAUCAUUGCUUAUAAAAUAGACUACUUGGGGGUCCUCAUGCCAUCCAAAACAUAAUCUUGUCCAGCUGCAGCAUACUUUUUGUCCCACCUAGCUGUCCUCACUCUUGUCUUACCUAUCAGACUGCAAGUGGGUUACAGAGCAGCCUGCAGUGACUGGAUGAAGAGACGCUGCACUGCACAGCUGACUCUGAGAGAAAGUAAAUGCAUGGUAAGUGGAAUGAGUGACAGCAUAAUAGAGAGAUUUGUGAAGUUAGAAACAAAAAGCUACAUUCAAUGCACCUGCAUGACCUAGUCAGUAACAUAUAUAAACAUUAUGGCGUGAACACUUUAAAGGAGUACUCCGGUGCACACUUUUUUCAUUUUAUCCCGUCCGG